AUGUCAAAAUUAAGUAUUAUUCCAAGGCGGUCAAAGGACAGAGGAGUAGCUAACCAUGAAUGGUUAAAGACUUUUCACACUUGGUCAUUUUCCACGUAUAAUGAUCCCAAAUUUCAAGAAUUUGGCUGUCUUAGAGUACUGAAUGAAGACAGAGUACAACCCGGUACCGGAUUUGGCUCUCAUUCGCAUCGAGAAUUUGAAAUCUUCAGUUACAUUGUCGACGGAGAGCUACAACAUAAAGAUUCGAUGGGCAAUACGGAGAUUAUUCAUCGAGGUGAAAUACAAUUUACUAGUGCCGGCACGGGUAUUACUCACUCUGAAUAUAACAUAAACAAAUCACUACCGGUACAUUUUAUUCAAAUUUGGGUCAAGCCAGAUGAGUCCCAAUUAAAACCGUCGUAUUCGAUGAAGAAGUGGUUAGAUACAGAUAAAGAGAACAAAUUGGCACUUUUGGUUGACAAUAUCAAAGACGCCGAUGCGAACGUUAUUCCGAUUCACGCCAAGCUUAGCAUGUACGCUAGUAUUCUGUCGCCCUCAAAGUCUGUGACUUAUGCGUUUAAACGAAGCAAAGGAUACUUACAUUUGAUAAUGAGAUCAGGCUAUGAGACACCAGAGAAGAGUGCAAAAUUAAAGAUUAAAGAUGAAGUGCUGAAUGAAGGAGAUGGAGUAUUCAUUCUUUGUGAACCGGAAACGGAAGUCACAAUUGAGAGUUUGGGUGAUGUAACUGCGGAGUUUUUGCUGUUUGACCUUGAGUAG